AUGAUGGUGCGAAUACUAUCCUUCUUCUACAAAGACAUGGCGAGAAGUAUCUUUGUGAUCAUGGCGAUCAUGAUGAUGCUAUUGAUGAUGAUGAGCAGUAGUAGUAGUAGUAGCAGCAGUGAUCAUCAUUCCGUGGUCAUGGCACAAUUCUAUCCGUGUCAGUUUGCUCCCGAUUAUUCCAUUCGAGAUUUUGAAACGCAAUCAUCAACACACCCCAAGGAAUACAAAUUGGGAGAAAAUCAAAAAAUUGAUUCCUUCUUGAUGAAUGUGAGUUAUUGGGAAGGAAAAUUUGCAGUUCAUGGCGUUGGGUUGAAUAUGUUAUCUGGAUUGACUUAUGAUGGCCAUGAAAUUGAUUAUGAUACUUCACGUCUUCAUGAUCCAUUGCACGCAUUUUCAGCUCCUUCCAAAGAAUCGCUGCAUUUGAACAUGAUGGCAUUAGCUCUUAAUGGUCAUCCAAUUGCAAGAAAUUUCUUCCUCUCCUCGAUGAAACAUUCAAGCAUUGUAACACCAAGUGAAAAAACAAACCCUUUUUCUACUUCAAAAUUGAGAAUGGAAAUUUCUCAACAAGAUAUUGAUACAUUCAUAUUGUCCACACUAAAAACAAAACUGAAGAGUUAUGAAUUAUUUGACAAUAGAUAUCCUGGUUUUGGAAGUUUGUUACCAUGGUUCAAGGUUGAUGAUGAAGGAGCUGGAUUAUUGUGGGAUUGGCCCAAUAGAAUUCCCUCUCUUGAUAAUGGACAAAUGAUUUGGGCACUUGUUGGUCUUGAGCAAGUCUUGCGAGAGAAGAAUAUUGGAAUUGAUCUUGCAAAUACCAUUGCUGCCAAACUUAAGAAAAUUUCAAAAACCGUCAUUCCCUUAUUUUAUGACGGAAAUGGCCACGUGAGGUGUGUCACAACAAUUAAGGAUAUUUAUGGAAAUCCAUUAAAUGUCUCCAAUUAUGAGACUGAAGGAUUUUGCUACCUCGAUGAUCCUUAUGAAGGAGAAUUGAUGGAUCUCUUCAUGGACAUGAUGGCUGACUGGAAAAUGUUUGGUUACUCCAAUAACGAAAGAGAAAAGAUUUGGAUUGCUAAAAGACCUAAAUUACGUGCUGUGAAAUAUCGAUCAAAGAAUUUUGGAGACAUUCUAGUUGAGGAAGGGUAUUGGUACAGCGCUCACGAAAAGUGGAAAUAUCUAGUUCUUCCUUAUUUGGAUAUUCCUGUGAAUGGUCAAAUUUUCUUGAAUGGGGAACGAGCUCGAUUGGUAAAUUCUGUUGAGAAUGGAAUACCAGGAUUGUAUGCAAGUGUCACAAAACCUGUCAAACGAGGUGACUAUGAUCCUGAUUAUGUGAGUGCUUGUGGCAUUCAACAGAUUGCAAGUCAAUAUGUGGAACAUACUGACAUUAUUACUCCAUACGGAUCGUUUCCAAUCAUGUUGGCAGAUCGAAACAUUGGUCUCAUGUGGUAUUUGAACAUGCUUCAAGGAACAAAAAUGCAAGGCGUCCAUGGCUCCACGGAAUCAACAAAUAUCACAGGUACUGCUAUAUGCCCUGUUGUGACUUGGGAUUCCAAAAUUACAACGCUCGUCUCGAUAUGCGGAGGCAUUUCUUCCUUCACUUCGAGAUAUAUGAAGGAGAAGGGAAUUUAUGAAAGAUUUUACAAAGUAAUUGAGACAGAAUGGACACGAGUUUUUGGUAAUGGCCCAUUUCCUGGCUCUGACAUUUCUUUUGAUGUGUUGCGACCUCCUUUACCAAUACCUCAAAACAUGAUUAAUUUUACUCAGUGUUCAAGAUCAUCUUCAGAUCAUCAUGUGUAA